UUUUGACGUAUUAAUCACAGCCAAUCUGUUUACAAACCUCGAAAACAAGGCUAAUAUUUUGACAAUGGAAGACCCUCCACCCAUCGCUGUCACAGAACAGAAUCCCUUCUGUCUGGAAAUGAUGAAACGGCUCAACAUACAACGAAAACAAGGCCAAUUAUGCGACAUAACUUUGAUUACGAAAGAUUACCAGGAAUUAAAAGCUCACAGAAAUGUUCUUUCCGCAGCGAGUCCGUUCUUUUGCAAGCUUCUUCAGAGCGACAUGAAGGAAAAUCGGGAAGGGGUCGUUCGGUUUGAGGAGAUUUCGGAAUCUGUAAUGAAAGAUGUCCUGGAAUUCAUCUACACUGGAACUGCGGAAGUAACUCAAGAAAAUGCCGAAGAGUUAGUCGCUGCAACGAAUUAUCUCAUUGUCCCAAAUUUGAAAGCAAUCUCUGGUCGAUAUAUACAACAAAAAAUCUGUGCAACAAACUGCAUCUCAACCUUUUACUUCGUCGAGAAAUACGAUUGCGAAGAGCUUGUAAGCGACAGCAAGAGUUUCAUUCACGAGAACUUCGCGUCUUUGGCAGUCAUGGAUGAAUUCCUAAGUUUGGAAACAAAAGAGGUGGAGAGAUGGAUUUCAAGUGAUGAGAUUGUUGUUGAAACGGAAGCCGAUGUUUUCCAGAUUGUACAAAAGUGGGCUGAACAUGACAAGAGCGAGCGGAAAGCAGGAUUUGAAGAGCUGCUUCGUCACGUUCGACUGGAUUUCGUAUCGCGUGACUAUUUGUUGAAUAUCGUGACAAACGAACUCUUGCGUGACAACGCUGGCUGCCUCAGGUUGGUUUUAGAUACUAUAAGGCAGACCACGUUUUCAAGCGAUGAUGAUCUUUCUCAGUCCCCUAGAAAAAGGCUUGACACACGUGCAAUAGUGGCUUGUGGAGAAGAAUGUGCCUUUUGUUAUGUCCCUGAAAAAGGUGAGUGGAAAGGAUUACCGAACAGGUUGGCAAAAGAGGGAAUCAACAUCCAUUCAACCAACAUGAUACGAUUUCGUGAUCAGUUGUUCAUGUUUCAUGGCUUGGGUCAAAAAAAAACCCCCACAACAGCCAUUGAAAAAUUCCAUGUAGAGUCAUGUUCGUGGCAAGAGUUUCACUCCUCUCCUCAGUACUACAGGACAAACGCUUGUGUCAUUGGAUCUGGUAACUUUUUGUAUCUUUUGGGUGGGAGGCCCCCAUAUGCAUCCCAAUGUGUUGCAAAAGCUGACAGAUUUGACAUUAUGGAAAAGAAAUGGGAAGAAAUUACAGAAAUGCAACAAGCAAGAGGUGGAGCUUUUGGUGUUGCCACUCAAGAAAAGAUUUUUGUUGCUGGAGGAGCAGAUGAAGAAAGCACUGUGUUGAAAACAUGCGAGGUAUACAAUGUUUCCACAAAUGAAUGGCAGUUAAUUGCAGACUUGAAUGUUUGCCGCACAUAUGGUAGCAUGGUUUGUCUUGGUGGAAGGUUGUAUGUGCUGGGUGGCUUUGACCAAACUAAGAAAAAGCCAGAACAUUCAGUUGAAUGUUAUGACUCCACACAAUGCAGGUGGAUUGUGAAGACAACCAUACCAGUGGAAGAGGACUGUAAGAAUAAACAUACAUUUAAAGGCUGUGUGCUAAAAUUCUCCAAAGGAGUAUUGGAUUAUCUUGAUGAUGCAAUUGAAGAAGAUGAAGAAGAUGGUAAACUAUUCUAAAACUGUACUCCAAUGAAAGAAAACAAUCUGAAAAAAAUACACUGAAGAAACAAUUUGUAAUGGCAAUACAGUCCCCUUGAUCAAAGCUAGAUAAAGUUAGGUGGAACAAUGACUAAACUUUUCCAUCAACCCAAGUCAGGAAAGAAACAUGGAAUUUCCUCUGCAAAAAGUUAUGCCAUGCUAGGAGAACAAAAUUUGGCCUGCUUUGUCACGGACUGAG